UCCCGUCGAUCUGGGUGCGUUUUAUUUAAAUCACCGCGUUAAAGAAAAGCGCCGACUUUUCACCGGAACGCACGCGCUUUCUCUCUGUCUCUUUCUCUCUCUCUCUCUCUGUGAUUUAUCGUUCCUGUGUGUUUUUUUCUUGCUUAUGGGACGUGUGUGAGAAUGGAGCGCGAGAAAAAGAAAAGGGAGUGGAAUCGGACUGAGCUCGAGAGAUAAGAAAAAAGCAGAGAGGCCGUCCAUUUUGUCAGAGGAGCAAAAAAGAAGAAGAUGAAGAUGGAAUUACAGCACAAUCUGGAGAAAGGAGAAAGGAUGGAAACACGCGCGCGCCGUGCCUUAAAAAUGGGGUGAAUUUUUGGGAUGUCUUGCUGUUGUUGAUGAUUCGGAGAAAAAAAUGGAAAGAUGAACCGGGCAUGAUGAAGCUGCUGCAUCUUCUUCAUCCUCAUCUUCAUCCUCAUCACUUUGUGCAGACGCUCCUGACCUGCGCGCUGACCUGUUUUUUUUUUUGUUUUUUUUUAAUGAUCUCGGAUUGAAUCCGCACACAGUCGGGUUUAAACCGGGACUGUGAUUUCAGGUGUAGGUUUGAGCAUCGAUGCAGACUUGAUGAAGUGACCUAGUGUGCAUCAUCUAGUGUGCAUCAUCUAGUGUGCACGGAUCUGCAUCCUGAAGCAUCACCUGUACACUCAAGGUAGAAGCUCAAAAAAACCACAGGCCCAUUGCUGUUAUUGUUCAUCUGAGGAACAUCAAGGGACAUAUUUGGACUUGUGUGUGUUUCUGACACUGAAUGUCUGAAUCUCACCAGGGUUAUCAGGAUAUCUUUAUAUAAAUAAAUAAUUAAUUAAAGUCUGACGUGGCUGGAAAUAAAGGGAUCUAAAGUGAAGCUGUGCGCUUUAGGGAGUGUGAGGGGUCUGAGGUCCAUCAUCGAUAUCACACCUGUGUGCUGAUCUCACCUGAAACCAGACAGCGUUAAUCUUUUUAAAGGAUUUUAAAGGGAAUGAAUCAUGCUUGAUUCCUUUAAAGGGGAAAUCCAACUUUGCUGAAUUUAAAAGCCACACUGUCAGGGUUUUUUUUAAUCCAUUUUUGGAGAUUUCCCCUAAUUGAGCUCACACCUGAGCGCUGAUCUGCUGAUCUCACCUGACACUGGAUGCAGAAGAAGGAGAAGAAACUGCUGUGAGAAGUGUGUGUUUAAAGGGAAGGUCAGACCUGGCUGGAAUUAAAUGGAGACAUUCAGACAGUCGUUAAUGAGCAGCAGGACAUGAGUGUAGAUUUCUGACACUCUCAUUUACACAAGAAGCACAGAAGCGGUCAGCCGAGGCUUCAGGGUUCUUCCUCUAUAGCAGCUCUCUGGGUUUCAAACACACAACCCUCUGAAGAAUAGCACAGGAACUUAACCACUUAUCUCACACACUUUUCCAGAAUCUCGUGCAACUGGAACUCGGUGCUUCGUCCAUCGUCCGAAUUUAACUGUCCUCAGGGUUUUUGCACUCUCCCUCCCUCGGACAUUCCCGUGCUGGAAGCGUUUGUAGCAGAUGACCUCUGAUGACCCCUAGAGACACUCUGGAGUCCGUUCCAGAGAGUGUGUAUGCGUUCCCUAGUGCUGCCGAAGGAGGACGGAGCGGAUUAAAACCCCACGAGACUGCGAGAACUGACCGGGAGGAGGACGAGGAGGAGGAGGAAGGAGAUAUGAGCUCUGGAUGGUGGUGAAGAUGAUGAUGCUGGAUACACAGAAUGCGACUCAGGAGCUGGGGGAGGAGGUGGAGGACGGCGCCGUGUUCUCCAUCUCGGUGCGCAGGGUGCAGGUGCAGCCGUCGGUCAGUAAGGGGCAGCGCUGGCUGGGCGUGGACUCAGACUCGGCGCUGAGUCUGUACGAGACGAGUAAACUGCGCACCAUUAAAGCGGGGACGCUGGAGAGGCUGGUGGAGUACAUGGUCUCCUCCUUCAGGGAGAAUGACUCCACCUACGUCACUAUCUUCCUCUGCACAUAUCGCUCGUUCACCACCACCAACCAGGUGCUCGACCUCCUGCUCAACAGGUACGCUAAACUGCAGCACCUGCCGGGGUCAGAAGGUCACAGACUCACACACGAUGACCGCACCGAGCUCAGGAACACCAUCUCGUCAAUCCUGGGAGCAUGGCUGGAUCAGUACUCGGAAGAUUUCUGGAAGCCUCCGGAAUACAGCUGCCUCAGGCGCCUCAUCUCCUACCUGCAUGUCAACUUCCCCGGAUCAGACCUGGAGCGCCGAGCCUGCAACCUGCUUGCACAGUUCCACCGCAGACUGCAGCAAGAACCUGAGCCUGAGGUGCUGGAUCACAUGUCGUAUCCCUUCUCCCUCUCGGAGGAGAACGGCUAUGAGGAUGACCGACCGGACUUCCUGACCUUUGACCCCACUGUGGUGGCCGAACAGUUCACCCUCAUGGAUGCGGAGCUCUUUAAGAAGGUGGUGCCGUAUCACUGUUUGGGAAGCAUCUGGUCUCAGAGGGAUAAGAAGGGAAAAGAGCAUCUGGCUCCCACCAUCAGGGCCACCGUCGCCCAGUUCAAUUGUGUGACCAACUGCGUCAUCUCCACCUGCCUGAGUGACCGCACGCUCAAACACACACACCGCGCCAAAGUGCUCGAGCGCUGGAUCGAGGUGGCCCGGGAGUGUCGUAUCCUGAAGAACUUCUCGUCUCUCAGAGCGAUCCUCUCAGCACUGCAGUGUAAUGCUGUGCACCGGCUCAAGAGAACGUGGGAUGAUGUGUCGCGGGAGAACGUGCGUAUCUUCCACGAGCUCUCCGAGAUCUUCUCUGACGAGAACAACCACUCGCUCAGCCGAGAGCUACUCAUUAAGGAAGGAACGUCUAAAUUUGCGACGUUAGAGAUCAACCCGAAGAGAGCACAGAAGAGACAGCAGCAGCCCAGAGACCUGAGUGUGAUGCAGGGCACUAUCCCAUACCUGGGCACCUUCCUGACAGAUUUAGUGAUGAUGGACACUGCCAUGAAAGACUACGUGGACGGCGGCCUGAUCAACUUUGAAAAGAGGAGGAAGGAGUUUGAGGUGAUCGCUCAGAUCAAGCUGCUGCAGUUGGCGUGUAAUAACUACAACUUCAGAAGGAACGCUCGGUUUAGAGAGUGGUUCAGCAGUGUGGAGAAACUCACAGAGGCGGAGAGCUAUAGUUUAUCAUGUGAGAUCGAGCCGCUGUCUGAGUCGGCCUCCAACACACUGAAGGCAAAAAAGAACACAGGAAUCAUCAAACGCUGGAGCGAUCGUCAGCCAGUCAGUUCGUCUGAAGCGAGCUGCAGCAGUGCAGGAAGUUCUCACUCCAAAUCUUUCGAUCAGCUUCGCUACCCAUCAUGUUUGACCAGCGGAGGAGGAGGAGGAGUGGAGAGAGAUGACCGGAGAGGAGAGAGAGUAGGAGAGAGAGUAGGAGAGAGAGGAGACGACUCACUCAGCGUCACCUCCGCCGGCUCCAGCAGCUCAGAUGUGGAGGAGAUCAACAUCAGCUUCAUCUCCGAUUCCCCCGACCCACAUGAGAAAAAGACGUCGACGCCGUGUGUAAAACAUUCCCACUCUUCGUUAGGGAAGUGCGGCCCCAUUGGAGAUCUGACACCCACGUUCUGGGAGUCCACGUCUCUCUCCUCUCUGGACGCUGCGUCAGGUUCAGGUUCCAGCAGCGCCUCAUCCUCCUCCGUCUCGUCCACCCCCCACACCUCCACCCCGCACUCAUCCUCCCGCUCGCACAAGCGCUCCGUCUCGGGCGUGUCCAGCUACUCAUCCCUCUCCCUGCCACUCUACAACCAGCAGGUGGACGACUGCUGCAUCAUCAGAGUGAGUCUGGACGUGGAGAACGGCAACAUGUACAAGAGCAUCCUGGUGACGAGUCAGGAUAAAACCCCUGCAGUAAUCAGGAAGGCGAUGGUCAAACACAACCUGGACCGAGAGAGACCUGAGGAUUACGAACUGGUGCAGAAAAUCAGUGAGGAUAAAGAGCUGAAGAUCCCGGACAACGCUAACGUUUUUUACGCCAUGAACUCUUCGGCUAACUAUGACUUCGUCCUGAAGAAGCGCGGCUUCCCGCGAGUGAGUCGCACAAAACAUGUAGCGAGCUCCACGCUGCCGCGCAUGAAGCAGAAAGGCCUGAGGAUCGCUAAGGGCAUCUUCUGAACAAAAAACUCAAACUCCCAUCACCCCACAGGGCUUGUGGAUACGUUACUGAGGUCAAAGGUCAAGCCCUAAAGACUGGGAGAGGAGGAAAUGUCACUGCCAGCUCAGGGGAGGCUUAACUGAACCGUGUUCCACGCUUGUGUUUACAGACUCCAGAGAGCCACCUUCUAACCGUGAGGUCACUUCCUGUGCCGUCCGAGUGGGGGUCACUUCCUGUUCCACUUCUGAGCUCACUUCCUGUCGAGCGGCGUGUUGCAGACAGCCUUCACUGCCAGGUUAAGGAUGACUCGGAGCAGCGGAUACGUGACCUGGUGUUACUUUUAAUCUCGUCCUCUUGCGACGACAAAAACUAACAAACGCUGACGGUUCAGAGCGAAGUUUCUCACGUGACGGAAAACGAGUUGAAUGUCAAAUUUUUGUUUCUUUUUGCCCAAACUUCAGAGACGAUACAAACGUGUCGGGACUUUUCCAGCUCUCUAAAUGAGAAUGAAGAUUUUUUUUUGUCCUGUGUCUAUGAGAAUGUGUCUGUUUCUUUUUGUUAACAAGGGCAUUACAGCUAACACUCCUCGCACACCGAUAUCCUCUGUCUUCUCCGGACCGUAAGGCGUAUUUUACCCUUUACCCUAAAUCUCCACCUUGUUUUUUAACGGAGCGUUUGUUAAACUCAGUUUAUUAACUCAGUUAUUAACACUAGGAUUUUUUUCUGGUUCAGUAAUUAGCACCAUUAUUUUACAUAACUGUUAGUCUGGCGAGGGAGCUGAGUAAGCAAACGUUAAAUUUCCUCGCUAGCCGAGGACGCUACUGCGAGUUCAUCUGAUUGUGUCACUGCUACCGCUAGCUGUUCCACACACAACACAGGAAGUUUGACUGAUUCGUUACUGACUUCUGAAUCUGAAAGUAAGGUGGAUAAACUCCAGCAACACUAUGGAGAUAAAAACUACACACACAUUAACCAGACUCCACCGCUAGGGGGAGCUAAAUCACUGAGACGUCGAUGAACUGGUUUUGUUUUGGUUUUCACUCGAGAGCGACUUACAGUCCGGAAAAAAUACGGUGUGGUCCUCGUGUCUCUCUCGUUUCUGAGUAUUAUCGCCUUGCGUGUUUUGUUCCUUUACUCUAAUUGGUGCUAACUUACCGCUGAGGUCAUCCUGCAGGUGAUCAGACCGCCGUUUUCGAGCCUCACGACGCCGAAGGAGCCGGAUGGACGACGCCGAGCCUGCGGGGGUCAGAGACGUGUCUGGGGUGGAAGAAAUAAAAUGUUAAAAAAAGAAAAGUAGCUUAGAUGUUUUCCAGGCUGAAAGACACUAGCUAGCUUAUCUAAAAAUGUGUAAAACUUUUAUUUCUGAGAGAUUUUUGUCUGUUUUUGUAAAAAAAAAAUAA